AUGACAAUUACGUGUUUACCAAUAUUGUGGGCCACCAUAGUGGUGGUCAGUACUCAAAUGCAUUCUUUGGAGCAAUCUUCAGAAGAAUAUGAACAGUUGUUAGGACCCAUAAUUGAAAACAAGAAUAUAAACAUCAACGUGAAUGUAAAUGCAGAAGAGUUGGCUCAGGAGUUGUGGAAGAUAAUAGAGACUCGUUUAAAUAACCGCACUAAUCAUAUCUCCAGUUCAAAGAGCAUUAUGAAGGAUCUCAAGGAAGCUGUAAUAUCUCUAGUGCCACAUAACAGAAGAGGCAGAACAUUCCCGUCAAUCUUUCAAGUGGCAACUCAGCUCGAUAAGAUCGCCCGAAGGGCGAUCACCAGAGACACGCCGAGUAUAAAUAUGUUAGACGAAGAGAUCAUGGCGAGAGACAUCGUGGCAGACAUGAUGGCCUCCCUGAAGAUGAUUCUAUCGAAACAAACUCAUCUUAAGACCAAUCAGAAGGAUAGUUCCAGAAGGAUGAUGCAACGUUUUGAUACAACAAUGUCAGACAAUGAUGAACAGAAUAAUUAUGUGAAUGUCAGAAUCAAAAUUCACAGAAAAGAUAUCCUCGAUGUUCUUCAUUAA